UUUGGCGUUACAAAACACUUGAAUUCAUACGCGUCAUUAAUGAUAACCCGGAUACACCUGAAGAACCUCAUGAAAAGUUCAAAGUUAAUAAAAUUAGAUAUGGUGAUGACACUAUCCAAGUAGUAAUGGAUGCGAUUAAAGCACUUGUAUAUUUAGAUAGUCAAAGUAAAUCCGUUAAUCUUGCAGUUAGUGGCAAGCGUAUAACAUUUAAUGAAUUAGUACAACAAACUAAAAAUAUUAUAAUAAGGUUUAUUACUUUGUAUCCGAAUCCUUGGAGAUUAAUAGAUUUUCGUCAUGAGCUAAUGAUAUCAUUUAUUAAGCUAAAAGAUUAUAUACUUAUAACUCGUAUCUUGUUUAAUAAAAAAAAUGGAUCGAGUGACGAAUCCGAAAAAUGUAUUUUACAAAUUCUUUCUACGGUCUCAAAUGAUAAAGAAAAUGAUAUCAGAACUAAAUUAAGAAGCAUUAUUUCGAAAUAUUCCUCAAAAAAUAAUAAAAAUAAAAAAGAGCGUCCUCUCCAUUCAUGGCUAGUUCCAUUGAAGAAGGAAGAGUUGGGGAUGUUACCUGAUGAAGAUACGAAUACCGACGUGACAUUGCUAACAUUUUUCCUAGAAUAUUAUUCCAAUAACGCAAUGGAAAACAUUGGAUGGAUGAAUGUUGUGUCCGAAAUCAUAUCAGAAUUAUAUGAUAGGAAGUUUGGGUGGUAUGCUCAAGAAUUUUAUUACAAGCCUUGCUUUGGUAGAAAAGAGCUUGAUUUGUCUAGUAUGAAGUUUCAUAAGAUUGAGAAACAUUCCGAAAAUUCUUUAAAAGUUUAUAUACCUAUAACACAACUUAUUCCUCACCAAAAAGAAUUUGAACUUGUUAAGAUUAGUGAUGAUGAAAUUCCUUAUAUUAGAAUGGUACCUAUGAUUGAUUUCUCAACGAAUAGAGAAUUUUUGGAUCCAAAAGAUAAGGUUAAACAAACACUUUCAAGACUUUUCUUACCUGGAAAAUGUUCAUCUAUUAAAAAGGAAAAUUAUAGCCCUUUUAUCAGAAUUUUACAUUAUAUGGAAGAUACAGAUCAAUUUUAUAAUAACCCUUCAAUGGAAGCCGUUAUGAAUUGGAUGUGGUAUUCUUCUAAAUCUCAUUGGCACCAUACUUUACAAAUUUAUAUUGUAUACCUUUUUUCAUAUUCGAUUCUUUCCUGGGCAUUUAUUGCUCAUCUCGAGAAAAAAUAUAUACUAGAUGCUUUUAACUGGAUGGAUAAUAUUGCUAUUUUUUUACCUGUUAUCCUCUCCUUUUAUUUUUUGUUUGGUCAUUAUCGUAUAGAUUAUGGCUUUAAAAAUGCAGAAACUACUCAAGUAACAGUAUUCAUUGUCUUUAUGAGCAUUGUAUUUCUUUGGUGCGAAUUGGGACAUUCUCUAUUUAUUCUUCUUGGGUUUCCAUCAUACAUAUCAUUAAGCCAAGCACCAGAUAGUUAUGACGUUGUGGGCACAAAUUCGAAUGAAUCAGUUUAUAAUAUGGUUGGAGAAAUACCUGAUAAUCCAUUUUCGAAUCUGCUUAGUGCUAUAGUUGCUGUAUAUAAUUGGGAUUCAAUUCCAUUGGAUACUUGGGAUUUUUGGCCCCUUGUUGUUAUUAAUAUUAUUGGUGGCUUUCUUUUUGUUAUGAUAUUGUCAAAUAUAAUUAUUUCAUUUAUGGGUAACGCAUUCUCAAAUGCGGAAAGAGACAGUAGACACGGUGUGCUCUUACUUCAAAAAGAAUUAAUUUAUGAUUAUGCAGUCCUCGAGGGAUCUUCUCUUACUUCUAAAACAAAUAUCUUUGAUACUUUAUUUAAUGACAAGUUACGUGUAAGGUAUAUAUGUUUCUUAGAUGAAGAAGAACUUACAAAAACAUGGAAUGAGAAAUCAGAUGAAUUAGGUUCAAGAUGGUUGGAUGCUUAUGGGUUUCAUUUUAAAGAUAAAGAUGCUGAGGAUGAAGAUGAUAUUGAAGAAGUUGAUUUUAUUUGGACUCAGGAUAAAAAUGAUGAACAAGAGGAUUAA